CUUCAGUCGCUGGGUAAACGCGUCUCAGGUGCGCAUCCGUGCAGAUCCCCCGGUGUUAAAAGCGCUGUCGAAAGUGAACAUCAUCAGCCGUUCUCAGUUCUCGCCUCUCUCACCCACUUUCACGGACUCCUUCUUCAAACCGACAAGGUAGAGCACCCUCGGGCAAUAUGGUUGGAGUGACACAGAGACCUUGGACACCCACGAAGCGACGGGGCCCGAUUGCCGCCGAAUAUAGCAGCCCGGGACCAGCCUGUGUGACUCUACCUCCACUAAUCGGUAAAACCGUCCCAGAUUCCAAGCGGGAAAGAGCACCAGCAUUUUCCUUUGGUAGCAGGCAUACGGCGAAAGACAACAGCCCGGGACCUGGCCCUGGACAAUACAACGUCUCUGGACUUAACGCAAAAGGGAAGGAUGCCGCACCUGCCGCGUCGCUGCACGGCCGAACGAAAUCGACGAAACCGGAAGUAACUCCCGCUCCCGGCGAUUACAAUCCACAAAAGGCGGAGAAGAUCAUUCUGGACAGUUCUCCGAAAUAUUCCUUUGGUGUUAAAACGCAAAUCGAAAAGAUCAGCUGUACACCCGCACCGAACGACUAUCGCACUGAUAUCGUGAAUCUCUACAAAGCGGCAGCGUACACUUUUGGCGUAAAAGCUGUGUCGGAAAAACCAAACGACGUGCCCGCUCCAGGUACUUAUCAUCCCGAGAAAACGAGACUGGACAGCGCUCCGCAGUUCACGUUUGGGUUUAGAACAUCGCUCGAUAAAGCAAGCGAUACGCCAGCACCCGGAACAUAUAGUCCCGAGAAGGUGAAUCUCGAGAGAGGUCCGCAGUACAGUUUGACAGGCAAGGGUCGAGUGGAAAAGUGCAAUGAAACACCAGCACCUGGCACCUACUGUCCCGAGAAGGUGAAACUGGAGGCAUCGCCUCAGUUCAGUUUCGGUUUAAGACCUGCAGUAGAGAAGCCAAACGAAACACCAGCGCCCGGCACGUACAGCCCCGAGAAGGUAAAUUUGAACAGAGGGCCGCAAUAUAGUUUAAGUGGUAAAGGACGCGUCGAGAAACCCAUCGACACACCAGCGCCCGGAGAAUAUUGCCCCGAGAAAGUGAAAUUGGACACCACGCCGCAAUAUAGUUUUGGAAUUAGGCCCGAAUCGAGUAAACCUAGCGAUACACCAGCGCCUGGAACCUACAGUCCGGAAAAAGUGAAUUUAGAUAAAGGACCGCAGUACAGUUUGACAGGCAAAGGAGCCGCUGAGAAACCAGUGGACACUCCAGCGCCGGGCGCGUAUUCUCCCGAGAAAGUAAGAUUGGACAAUACACCACAGUACAGUUUUGGACUUAGGCCCGCUUUGGACAAACCUACUGAUACGCCAGCGCCUGGCGCAUACUCUCCAGAGAAAAUUAAAUUAGACGGCACUCCCCAGUACAGUUUCGGGAUUAAGCACGCGUCGGACAAGCCCAGUGAUACGCCAGCACCUGGAACUUACAGUCCCGAAAAAGUAAAUUUGGACAGAGGGCCGCAGUAUAGUCUGACCGGCAAAGGCUUCGCACCAAGACAUGACGAUGUUCCCGCACCUGGCACGUACAGCCCUGAAAAAACGAACUUGGACAAAGGGCCGCAGUACAGUCUGACCGGGAAGGGGACGCCGGAAAAAGUGAACGACAACCCCGGCCCUGCCGAUUACAAGCCAGAGAAAGCUCUAAAUCUGGAGCAUAAGCCCUAUUUCAGUUUUGGUAACAGAACACCCCUUCAUAAGUCUCACGAUACACCAGGCCCCGGUUGCUACAAUCCGGAGAAAGCGCAACAUUUGGAACAUAAACCUUAUUUCAGUUUCGGUAACAGAACACCGUUGUAUAAAGCUAACGAUACACCAGCUCCCGGUACGUACAGUCCCGAGAAAGUAAAUAUGUCCAAGUCGCCCGAAUACAGCUUCGGCCUUAAAACCGAGAUAAACGAGAGAGACAACGUACCAGGACCUGGCGAGUACAGUCCGGAAAAAGCUAUGCUUUUAUUGGAGAAAGCAUUGCAAUUUAGUUUCGGCCUUAGACCGCCCGUUAGUAGGCCGAACGACAUUCCAGCACCCAAUGUUUAUAACAUUCCAUCCGCUCUCGGUGGGACCAAGGAGGGUAAUAAGAAAGCCGCGCCCGCCUAUUCGAUGUCCGGUAGGCAAAAGGUAUUCACGGACGAUCGCGUUCUCGUACCUGGACCGGGAGCAUACGAGGCCAUCAAACCGGACGCGGUCAGAGCAAAGAGUCCGGCGUACAGCAUAAGCGCACGUUUCGCGUUACCCGACGAUCACUCACAGAUUCCAGGGCCCGGAGCGCACUACCCGGAAAAGGUCCUUCUCGAUGUUCCUCCCGCGCACACAUUUGGUAUCAGGCACUCGCCGUUCAUUUGUAACUUGAAGGAUGCGGUUCAUUAAUUUAUCUAAUUCAAGAUACGCGCCUUUGUUCAUUGCUUUUAAUGUUUUUGAUUAACAAAUCUUAGAAAGGAUUUUUCUUUCUUCGUUCUCCACGGUUUAAGGUCCGCAGAAAAACUUGAGCAUUAAAAUUUCAGUAGUAAACCAACAGUGACUAUUAGCUUUUAUAUCGCAUGAUUAUUAUAUUGUAAAACGAGACAAUGUCAGUAAUUAGUUAAGACUGCUACAACACAAAUGCAUCUAAUACGACGCAGUGGUGCAAAAUUUCAUUGUUGCAUGAGAAAUUGAAAUAGCGCCUUAUUUCAUCGUAAUUUAACUAAUGUAAUGUAAUACUUUUAUGCAUAUUAUUUAAUAUGAAAAGAACUUCAAGUUCAUUUGAUUAAGUUAAUUAAAGAUUAAUUGAUAUAACA